AUGUCGCAAAAGACCCCUAGCGACUUCCCACGAUUCCCAGAGCUCCCCCGGGAGCUAAGGAACAUGAUCUGGCAAUUUGCAGCACCAGAUAUGCUGCCUCUGGCUCUACCAACUGGGCCCCCUGUUGUCCGUCUUCCGGUACCCGGAUGCUUCCACGUCAACAGAGAAGCACGGGAAGAGAUAGCGAGGUGUACUCCUUUCUUUAUCGAUCUCCACCAUAUCAACAUCACCUUCAAGACUAUAAAACGGAUAUUGUAUAAGAUGCCUUGUCUACAGGAGCUCUGCAAAUAUAUUCGAGAGUUUGUUAUGUGCCAAUGUGGGAUGAUCUACUUCGAUGCGAAAGUUCACUGCCCUCAUGAAUUUCCAAGGCUCAAGAAGAUUUACGGCCUUUCCAAGAUUUUUCCGAUAUCCCAAUUGUCUACGAAAUACAACCAAAAAGGUGUGUCUCAGAUUCAAGCCAGCUUCGAUAUUAUACCGCUCCUUGGCCAAUCCUCUUUGUCUGUCGAUUCGCUCUACCAAUCUCCUAUCCACCGCCUAACGUCACCGCCAACCCGAAACAAGCCACAUAACACUACGAAUAUGCGUUUCUUCUCGACCAUCGUCGCGGCGCUUGCCGUCGCUCAGGGAGUCUCCGCCGUCGACGUCCAGAAGUCUGUUAUCGUCAGCUUCCCGAGCGAGACCACAGACGAUAUCGUCAACCGCGCCAAGGAUGACAUCCGAAAGGCGGGGGGCGUGAUUACUCAUGAAUACCAACUCAUCAAGGGUUUCGCAGCCAAAGCACCUCAAAAGAUCCUCGAGACGGUGUCGGCCUGGAGUUCGGAGUUCCACGCCGUCAUCGAGGAGGACCAGGUCGUCGAGAUCACAUCGAAUUCGUCUUAA